AUGGACAAUCCAAUAAUAAUGAACAAAUAUUCCAUUGAAAGGACUUUGGGAAAUGAAAUAAAACCAUAUAAUUACGACGAAUUUGUAAAGAAUUUCAAGAUAAAUAUAAUUAGCCGCUCUGACAGUGACUUGGAGUUUGACCUCAUUGGAGUUGAUGUAGCUGUGGCUAAUAGUUUAAGAAGAGUUAUUAUAUCUGAGGUACCUAGUAUGGCAAUUGAAAAGGUGCAUAUAUAUCAGAACACAUCUUAUAUACUUGAUGAAAUACUUGCACAUCGAUUGGGCUUAAUUCCAUUGAAAGCAGAUCCUAGGCAGUUUAAAAUGAAAGAAGAUGAAAAUUCUGAACCCAGUGAACAUGACAGUCUAGUUUAUGAGAUGAAAAUAAAAUGUACAAAAAAGGAUUUAGAUGCAUUAGCUCACAAACAGUUUAUUAGUUUUCCAGUAUACGCAAAACACAUAAAAUGGUUACCAUUGGGCAACCAAAAAGAUAUUUUCACUGAAAAAGAUGUUGGAAUAAUUAGUGACGAUAUUCUCAUUGCAAAGUUAAGACCAGGACAGGAAAUUGAACUUAAAAUGUUUGCAGUCAAAGGGAUACCUAAAGACCAUGCUAAAUUUCAAAGUGUUUGCACUGCAUGGUAUAGAAUGAUGCCAAAUAUUAAAUUACUUGAUGAAAUUAAAGGAAAUGAUGCAGUAUUACUACAAUCAUGCUUUCCUAAGGGUGUCAUUGGAUUAAAAAGUGUUAAAGGUGUCCUUAUUGCGUUUGUAGAAGAUUCCCGAAAAGAUAAUAGUUCCAGGAAUGUAUUUAGAUACAAACAAUUUGAUAAUAAAAUUUUACUUUCCAAAAUUCAGGACCAUUUUAUAUUUACAAUUGAAUCAGUUGGAGCAAUGGAUCCAAGUUUAAUUUUCUUAGAAGCAUUAAAUAUUUUAACUAGAAAAGUUAAUAGUGCCUCAGAAUCAGCAUUAAAUCAAACUGAAAUUUAGUUUUAAUAUAUUUGUGCUUUGAAUUUUCUAAUUAUUUAAUUCAUAUAUUAUGUAAACAUUUUUAUAACUAUUAAUUUUAAAUAAAACUUUUCAAUGGAGAUAAGGUCAUUGUUUUUCAUGAAACUUGUGGAGGAUAAAUGACCAUGAAAGUACCCUUGAUUAACAUUUUAGUUAUAAUAUAAUAUACUUAUGACAAACUUUAUGAAUCUUUAAAGUGACGCUCCAAAAAUACUGUUAGGUGAUCCCUUUUGUUGAUGAUCAGUGAUUAGACUUAAGUUAACUGUAUCAAUGUAAUAUAUUGAAUGCACCUACAAUAUAUUUUUAAUUUUCAGCAUAUUGUAUACAUUCCCUAUGGUGACUUGUGGUACAGAAUUUAAUUAGGACAGGAAAAUAAGUAUAAAAAAAAUACUAAAUAUAAUUGCAUAUAAUAUACACCA